GAGGACAGCAUGUGCGAGGGCCCGUCCCGCAUCUCGGGGCCCAUCCCCCCGGACCCCACGCUCUGCCCCGACUACUACCGGCGCCCGGCAUCAGCCCAAGGGCGUCUUGAGGGAAACGCACUGAAGCUGGGCCUGCUGACCACCGACUGCAGCCUGGACGCCACACCUCCCCGAGGACCCCGCAUCAGGCCCGGAGGCCGAGAGAACUUGGAGCGGGGCCGACUCGGCGUGGGUGACGUGCUGCUGCAACUUCAGGGCAUCUCCCUCAGGCCCGGAGUCUCCCCCAAGAGGAAAGACCCUAAAGACCACGAGAAGGAGAAUUUGCGGCGAAUCAAGGAGAUCCAGCGACGCUGGCGGGAGCAGGAGCAGGGCCGGGAGCGAGGCCAGCCGCACCCCCUGAAGGCUCUGUGGCGCUCACCUAAGUAUGACAAGGUGGAGUCUCGAGUCAAGGCCCUGCUACAGGAGCCAGGCCGUGCCUCUGGGACAAAGCCGGCCAACUUCCUGCGGGCGCACUCCCGCUGUGGCCCUGGACUUCCACCAACUCGGGCCCCCAGCCCCCAGCUGAGCCCACGAGAUCCCCAAACUAAGGGGCCCAGCCUGGCUGUGGACUUCAUCAGUCACAAUGCACAAGCUGCUACCAAGGCCCCCCGGCGGCGGCAUUCCCGCUCACUGCAGGUCCUGAACCAGGAGCUGGAACGGCAGCAGCAAGCCCAGGAGCACUACAAUGCCACGCAGAAGGGUCAUGUGCCCCAUUACUUGCUGCAGCGUAAGGACCUGUGGCGGCAGGAGGCUGAGGCCCGCCAGCGGAGCCAGCCAGACCCCAGCAUCCCUGCUGGGCACACUCUCAUGCCUGAGAGCCAGCGGCUGGAGACCCUGGACAGUCUGCUCCAGAGCCAGAGGCAGCUGCUGCGAGAGCUCAUACUGCUGCCUGCGGGGGCCGACUCACUGAGAGCCCGCGGCCACCGUGCUGAGCUGGAACAGAAGCUUGUGCAGGUAGAGGAAGCCAUUAAGAUCUUCUCCCAGGCCAAAGUCUUUGUGAAGAUGGAUUCCUGAGCCCUUCUGCAGGGUAGUGGCCAGGAAGUCUGUGCUAAGGCUGGCAACAUGGGUCCCCCCUGGCAGAGUGGAGGGCUGAGCACAGGGUAGGGAGUGGGCAGCAGCUCCAGGCAUCAGUGACUGUGAAAGGGCUCCUUGGCCUUGGCACCUGUUUCUUGUUUCUUGAGAUUAAACCUUUUGUACCUGGUGGAAA